UCAAGUCAUGAAAUGUGUAACUAUGAAAAGAAUACUUGCCGUUAAUGUGAUUUGUUGCAUUCUUAACUUGCAUCUGAUACAAGGAAAUUUCAUAGCAGGGGUUAUAAGGGAUACAUGUUUAGACAAUGAACUGCCUACAGCCCUUAUAAACUCUGUAUCAAAUCGUACCAUCUACAAUGUCUGUAUUCCCUCACCACCAUUUACCGAAGAAUGUACUUCUGUAGAAAUUACAGUGAGAGGUUGGAGAUGUCCUGGCAAUUCUCUCCCGGUUUCUCCCUCCGCUGGGAGAAUGCGAUGUUGUACCAAAGAAGGUUUGGAGAUUAAGAAGUGCAUUGUGGACCCAAACAUCAUUACCUUUGACAAGGACUUCGUAUUAGUUCCUCCCAAAGGGUUUCAUCUUAAGGGCCGCAUUGGUGUGGGGUAAGAUAAUAUAUUAAAA